AUGAGUCGUUUGAACGUGGACACCACAGUGGGAGGAAAUCACCAGAGGUAUUCGUUUAUGGAAACACCACUCGAAAUGCAUCCAUCCUCCCACCAACGGGAUCUAUCAUCGCCUCCCCCAGCGGAACCGAGUGCGCCCCCGCAGCAUCCCGCAGUGGAAGAGCCCCCGAAAGAGCGACAGCGAGCAUGGUCAUAUGCACCGAGUGAGAAAGAGCAACAAUUUCAGAAUCAGGGAAUAAUCCCGGACUAUGCCAACUGUCCGCCCAUAGAGCAGCACCCAGCGAAUUAUGCGCCUUUGGUUCGCAACCAGCAGCAGCAGCAACAACAACAACAGCAGCAGCAGCAGCAGCAGCAGCUACAACUACAGCAACAACAUAACACUUCAGUGUCUCCUCAAACGUACGCAAUCACACCCGAGCACCAGCAGCAUGCCGCUCAAGUUUACGCCCAAUCCUAUACCAGCCAGUCAUAUACAAACAUAGCCGAACAACAAAGUCGCACGAUGUCCCCUCAGGCAUACGCGACCCAGUCGUAUACAAAUAUACCAGAGCAACAGCAGUACCAAUGGCACCCGCAGAUUGGCAUGAGCGUAUCUCCUCAGUAUGCGAACGUACCCGAACAACAACAGCACAACUUCCCGAUGUCUCCCCACUCAUAUGCGAGUCAUCCGUAUGCGACGCAGUCAUACACCCACAUCCAGGAACAACAGCUCGGCAUCGAAAUACCCACCCAGCAAUAUGCCUCGUAUACCGAACCUCCCAGCUCGCCACCCCCGAACUCACCAGGGCCACUACCCCUGAAGGUAAACCCCGAAGCUCUCUCACGAAGCGAAACCAUGCCCAUUGUUCCGGACGAAAACCCCCUGCAGUCACCUAAGUCGCCGUAUUUCCCUCCACCCACCAGAGCGACAACAUUGCAUGCACCCCAACCAGAUGACUUGAGCGCAUACCACCAGCCUGGUCAAACCACCCAUCCAAAUCAGGAGAUGAGGGGAGGAGGAUGGAGCAACGGACUAUGCGAAUUUUCGAAUUUCGGAAUCUGCUGUCUGGGACUGUUUUGUCCGUGCAUUUUGUAUGGGAGAACACAGCACCGACUCUCGAUGAAAUCGAGAAAGGAGGAUCCGACCAACAUGCUCGGCUAUGAGACAUGUAACGGGUCAUGCACGGGGAUGGGACUGCUAUGUGGAUGUCAAUGGUUACUGGCCACGGUCCAACACACCAGAACGAGAAAGGCGUAUGGAAUCCAGGGUAGUAUUGCGUCGGACUGUGUGCGGGCAACCUGCUGUACAUGCUGCACAUUGAUUCAGGAUGAGAAGGAGAUCCAGAAGCGUGAGGAGUACCGCUCUCGCGCGGCCAGGGAACGGGGGGCGACGCUGCUCUCGCCGUAUACUACUCCCGGGCCGAUGUCUUAUGGUCCGCCACCGAGAUGA